AAUGUACCCCAAAAAAAAGGUUUUCUGUAUAUUGAUGUUACAAAAAAAAUCUGUAUAACUUCUCUCUCUCUCUCUCUGCGAAUUCCUAUACCUAUUGUAACAUCUAUAUUUUUCCAUUCUUUUAAUCUUACUAAUAAACAACUAUUCGUGCGUGCUUUCAUUUCAUGUAACAUUAACUCCAUCUUUUCCAAGUCUAUACUCUCUCUCUCUCUAGGUAUUGGAGAGGUAAUGCAUACAAAAACAAAGCCACGGAUUAAAAUCCAAUCUCAUCUCAAUCUAUCGCAACCCCUAUUCCAUAAAAAUUCAAACAGCCCUCUUAAAAACCUCAUCAUCGCAUCUCCGUGGUGCCCCAUGUUCAAGAUCAAGACCUAGAUCCAGUGCCGU